AUGGCUACUUCCUUUAUGAAGAGCACCUCUUCUAACUAUGGUGGUGGUCUGGGGGGUGGGGGCAGUGGCUCCUCUCGUGUUUCUUCAGUCCGAGUGGGAGGAUCCUACAGAGCCCCAAGUAUCCAUGGAGGAUCUGGUGGCAGGGGUGUUUCUGUCUCUUCCACUAGGUACGUCUCCUCUGGAAGUGGAUAUGGUGGUGGCUUAGGGAGUAGCUAUGGGGCUGGAUAUGGUUCUGGCUUUGGUGGGGGCUAUGGAGGAAGUAGUGGCUUUUAUUCUGGCUUUGGAGGAGAUGCUGGUGGUUGCUUUGGAGGAGGUGUUGGUGGUGGCUUUGGUGGUGUUUAUGACUUUGGUGGUGGCUUGGUUGGUGGUGAUGGAGGCCUCCUAUCUGGAAACGAAAAGGUAACUAUGCAGAACCUGAACGAUCGUCUGGCAUCCUAUCUGGACAAGGUGCGAGCUCUGGAGCAAGCAAAUACCGAUCUAGAAAUCAAAAUCCGAGACUGGUAUAAGAACCAAGGUCCCACUAGUCCAGACCGUGACUACAGUCCUUAUUACAAGAUAAUCGAUGAACUCCGAGACAAGAUUCUUACAGCUACUAUUGACAAUUCCAGAGUCAUUUUGGAGAUUGACAAUGCUAGGCUGGCUGCAGAUGAUUUCAGACUGAAAUAUGAGAACGAGUUGUUCCUUCGCCAGAGUGUUGAGGCUGACAUCAACGGCCUGCGUAGAGUCUUGGAUGAGCUGACUCUGUCCAGAGCUGAUCUGGAGAUGCAGAUUGAAAACCUGAAGGAAGAGUUGGCUUUCCUCAAGAAGAACCAUGAGGAAGAAAUGAAAGAAUACAGCAAUCAGCUGGGUGGAAAGGUCAGCGUAGAGAUGGAUGCUGCUCCUGGGGUUGAUCUCACCAGUAUCCUGGCUGAGAUGAGAGAGCAAUAUGAAAUGCUGGCUGAUAAGAACCGUCGAGAAGCUGAGGCCUGGUUCUAUAAACAGACUGAGGAGCUGAACCGUGAAGUAGCCACCAGCACCGAACAGAUACAUACCAGCAAGAGCGAGAUUACAGAACUGAGACGCACAUUGCAGGGCCUGGAGAUAGAACUCCAAUCCCAGCUGAGCAUGAAAGCUGGAUUGGAAGCCAGCUUGGCAGAGACAGAAGGAAGAUACUGUGCACAGCUAGCACAACUUCAGGCCAUGAUCACCAGCAUUGAGGAGCAACUGGCAGAGCUUCGAUGUGACAUGGAACGGCAGAACCAAGAGUAUAGGAUGCUCCUGGACAUCAAAACCAGAUUAGAGCAGGAGAUUGCCACUUACCGCCGUCUGUUGGAAGGCCAGGACUCCCAGCUGUCAGGAUGGAGCCCUAAGGAUGCAUCCUUUAGCAGCAGCAGCAGCAGCAGUAAGGUUCGCAUCAGUGUGGAAGAUUCAGUAGAUGGAAAAGUAAUUUCGACCCAGGAUAGGAAAUACUGA